UUGAACGCAGAAGUUGUCUUACAUUUUAUUUCAUAUUCAAGGUUUCUUAUGGAGCAGUUCAUUACCUAUUUAAAAUAAACACCUUGAAUAUUUUCAUCUUCAUCAUAGUCGAUUGGCCUACAGCCAGUAGAUUCAUAGGUUGCACCUUAUGAGGGCAAGGUCUAAAUCUCACUAGACUGGCAGCAGCUGGUUCAUCUGAGUGAGAAUUCUCAAGCCUUUCUCUUUAGCCAACCAGCUUUCCCCAUAUGUUUUCCCUGUCCUGCAAUCAGCAGUAUCUAGCUCCUACUUUACGUCGUCACUAACUUUCAAAAUUUAAUUUUCAAAUGCUCUUUCAGGAUAUUCCAUGUAAUUACCUCUCUCCACUUGCCCUACUUCAUGGACUAAUGGUCAUAUUUGUCCUGUUGUCCAGUGGUCCAUAGUUACGUGCCAUAAAAAUUGGAAAUUCAUUUAGUAUGGUAUUGAAAUGUGAUCUACACUUUUAAUGGCCAAUUAGGAUUUCGCAACACUGUUAUCUUUUUGCUUUAAUAUUGGUGACUGUACCUGUUCUGUGGCCUCCGGUAACCAUUUGGAGUUUAAUACAGGGAGCUAAGUUACCUAUUUACAUCGGACUUCAUUUUGGUCAAAUGAGUUUGAGCUUUUCUCAAAUAUAAGAGGAGUCCACUGAGGAUUCAAUACUGCGUUCGACUUGCUUACAUUUAUACACACAGGAAUUCCCGUACCCGCCCCCACCUUCCAGACCUACAUAGCAAUGGCCUCAAACCUAAUAAAUUUGCCUAUCAUUAACUUCCUAAUCUACCCAAAGAGAACAUGGAGCAGAUCUCCAAACCCUUACCUCAAAGGGAAUUUCCCUCAAUUAGCUUGCAGAGAUCCAAUGUGAGCAGCAUUCUGAAAAUUGAGGAGAAUUUUGGUGAAAAAUUUUCUGAAAGAGAGCAAGUUACCUCAAAUGGAUUGCAGAAUAUUAGUGUGGAACAGGGAAAUAUAGAGAUCAAUAGCUAUCUAAUGCUGGAAAAUCCCUGUUAUGCAGAAGUUAACAAUGAGGGGCAGUGCAAUGAUGGGAACUGCAACAGUGCAAAGUACCUUGUUAAUGAGAAAGCUGUUACUGAGAAAUCUAAGACGAUGGAUGAAGAUGCUCAAGAAACAGAACAAUCUGAUAAAUCCUGGGACAUCACUCACCCAACUCUAAAACAGUUGGAGAACCUUGUUAAUGAGAAAGCUGUUACUGAGAAAUCUAAGAUGAUGGAUGAAGAUGCUCAAGAAACAGAACAAUCUGAUAAAUCCUGGGACAUCACUCACCCAACUCUAAAACAGUUGGAGAACCUUGUUAAUGAGAAAGCUGUUACUGAGAAAUCUAAGACGAUGGAUGAAGAUGCUCAAGAAACAGAACAAUCUGAUAAAUCCUGGGACAUCACUCACCCAACUCUAAAACAGUUGGAGAACCUUGUUAAUGAGAAAGCUGUUACUGAGAAAUCUAAGACGAUGGAUGAAGAUGCUCAAGAAACAGAACAAUCUGAUAAAUCCUGGGACAUCACUCACCCAACUCUAAAACAGUUGGAGAACUGCAUUGAUGCAAAUUGUAGUGGUAAAGACACAAUUAGUGCAGAGAACUCCAAGAGGGCAGAUAAAGAAGUUCAAGAAGCAGAAAAACUGGACGGAAACUGCAAAAAUGCGCAAUUUAGAGGUAAUGCGACAGUUGCUACUGACAAAUUUAAGAUGGAGACUGAAGAAGCUCAGGAACUAGAACAAUCAGAUAAAUUCUUGGACAUUAAUCACACAACUGUGAAAGAGUUGGAGAAUUGUAGUGGUGAAGACACAGCUGGUACUGACAACUCCAAGAGGGCAGAGACAGAAGUUAAAGAAACAGGAAGCCUUGAUGCAUUAUCGGACAUCAGUCACUCAACUGUGAAAGAGUCAGAAAAUUGUGUUCGUAUAGAUUGUAUGGGUGAAGAGAACAGUGGAAGUGACAAUGCUAAGAGGGUGGAGAAUAAAGUUGAAGGCCCUAAAAACUCUGAUACAGGUAAACUCACUCACUCAACUGUUGAAGGGUUGAGAGACUCUAUCGGUGGAAAUUCUAUUGGCAAACAUACAAUUGAUGCAUACAAUAGUAAGGAGAUAAAGAAAGUAAUCAAAGACACAGAAAAGCUUGAUAAAUCUUUGGAUACCAUGAACAAUGAGGAUUCUGAAGAUUCAAAACAGGGUCCUACUAAUGAACUCCAGAUAAGCUGCUUCCUUCCCAGAAAAAGGCAGCAGACGGAUGAUGGUGGAGUUAUAAUGAGAUUUACCAAAAACGGGGACAAGAAUAAGAGUGCAGAUUCACCUAUGCGAGUUUACCAUCACCAGAAAAGGAAGAUUCCUGUAAAGAGUGGUGCAUGUGCUUCUGUAGGUGGAGGUGUCAAUGUGGAGUCAGCUGGUAGCCCAAAAUCAAAUAGAUUUAAUAGUAGAGAAGGAAAGGAUUCUGGAACUGGCAUCAAUUGGACUCUCCCAUACAAUCUAAAUUGGACUCAAGGGGAAGAUUAUGCACCAGUUUGUCUUGAGCCAAAUGCCAGAAGUGUUGAAACUCAGCAGGCUACACUUGUAACAAAAGACGUAGCACUGGCACAGACUGCUUUGGGACAUUUAUUCAGUAAAAGAGCAAAAAUGUGUCAUCAAGCUCGCCUCAUGCAUGAUGAGAUUGCAGCUUGUGAUCAAAACAUCCAGAAGAUCUUAGAGGGCAAUGAAGAUGCUUUGGCUCUUAUGUUAGAUGCCAUCAUGGAUGGUUGUAAUGAUGCAUGCUUCAAAGAUAAAUAUCAGCAUGAGAGUUAUCAACAUGGUGGCCAUCGUCGCUUAAAUCAACUCAGAACCACAAAGAGGAUAUCAGAUGCCAUCUUUAAUUUGCGGUCUCCUACUCAGGAUUUGAAUGGUAUUUGUGGUGUGAAUGGCUGGAUGGUCAAUUAUUCUGUGUCAGCCCCAGAUGGUGGAUAUUUAGCUAAGGUAACUGUAGGAGGCAUGGAUUUUGAUUCUUCCUGUUUCAGUGAAUUGCUUUCUACUCCUGAAGAAGCUACAGAUUCAGCUGCUGCACUGAUGAUUGCGCAGCUACGAGCAAUGGCAGGCCACACCUAAUAGCCGUUUCAUCAUAGUGAAAUGGUUAUCAAGUUUUAUAUGUAUCUAUCCUAGAUAACUAUUUUAUAUAGGCUUCGGUGCUUCUGGGCUGUCCAAAUUUAGAAUAUCAAAUUUCUCUCUGAAAUUCUGUCCUGUGCAAAACAUUAGACUUUAGGUGUCUUGUUGCUGUGACUAAAUAACCUAUGGUUGUAGGGUAAUCACUAAUCAUUCUAUCAUUUUAUCAAAUCUGACU